AUGACAUCAUCAGUCAGAGGGAGAGUGGAGAAAGAGUUGUCUCCAGAGUGCAGAGAAUUCCUCUACAUGGCAACACCACCGUCUGGACUGGAGCACCCUUCCCUCCAUUUCAUUUGUCAGCGUUAUAACAGGAAGCCACGCUAUGUGACUCUGUACAACACCGUGGACCACAUACCUGUCUACUCUGCCUACACCUUCAAACGCACGGAUGGGGAGAAAUGUGUGGAUGUGCCUUGGAUGUAUGAACCUCAGCUAUCCACAUCAUCUGACACAGAUGAGAUGCAGCCCUUCCCACGUGGUUACAUGCACCUGAAUUUCGAGGAUGCCCAAGCUGUUCUGGAUGAUUACACAAACGCCAUCUUCUAUGAACGUGGUACCCUCAACCCAGACGAGCAUCAUGAUGAGCUCGAUGACAAGGCCUCCACCUACACCCUGACCAAUGUUGUGCCUGUGGUGCCUGAGUUCAACAACGGAGUAUGGAACACACAAGAACAUAUCAUCCGCAAACGGCUCAACAACUACUGUCGGGGAACAGCCUACGUCAUCACAGGCAUCACCACCUCAGGGAAGAUGAUCCGCCGACACAACAUCAACCGCAUUGCAGUGCCCACCUACUUGUGGUCGGCUUAUUGUUGUGAGGACUAUGACCAUAAUGCGCCUUAUGAUGAGCGCUAUAAGUUCCCAUCUUUUGCUUACUAUGGCCUCAAUGAGAAGGAUAAUGAGAUAGUUGAAAUCCCUGUCCAAAAGCUUAAGGAGUUCCUUAGGAAGACAACUUAUGUAGACCAGAACUUUCAGAUCUUUGUAGGUGACUGUGUCCCAGCCGCCAGUCCAGUUAAAUAG